CAAAAUGCUUGUUGUCGGAGUGUGAUGCCCUUUCACACACGGUUUUUUGAGGCGAGGCAAUAAAUCCACACUUACACUCAUUCAUAUACACACUCAACCAACUUUUUGGGAGUUUUGCCGAUGCCUAAUCGUCGCCCUCCACCUCCACCACCACCACAGGCGAGUGCAGCAACCUCCUCCAAUCUCAACAAUGCUCGUUUACAAGUCAAUCGUGACCCAGCACUGCUUCAAUUUACAUCGUCUCAGUUCUCGUCCUCAUCCACUCUCGUAGACAACAGUAUGGUACUGGCGUCGUCUUCUUCUCCUUCCCCUAUCAAUAUACCAUCCACUGGAACUCGUCGACUUCACCACAAUAGCCGUAAUUUAAGCGCAGGUUCAGCAAGUGAAUUUCAUUCUUCGCCUCGGUCACUUGGGCCUCGAGACAGCAGUAGUGGUGCUGGUUCACCUAGCAAUCCCUUUGAAGGAUCCCCCGUUGAGGAACAGCACCACCACCAACAACAACGGCUACAACAACAAUCACCAAUGACACGGCAACCAACACAACAGUUACGGAGAACGGUACCCGGUCGAAAAGCAGCAAAGAGCUCGGAUUAUGCACUAAGCGUCGUGUUUACUCAAUUCGAAAAUAUUGCUGAUAAAAAAAUGGAAUUGAUUUUAAAUAUGGGUGUGGAUGCUGAAGUAGAUUUUCGGAAACUCUUAGCGUCCGGCGCCGACCCGACCUUCGAUAAGCUAAUAAAGUCACUGUCAUCUCUUGCUGCAUCCCAACAAAAGCAAGUUAUUGAUGCAGUGAUGCGAUGGCGCCGGGCAAAGAUCGAGCCUCUUGACCCUGCUCUUCUACGUCGUGUAAGUGAAUCGGCACCACUGUCGCGUACUAAAGAUGUCAGCUCGAUUCUCAAAGAACGACAAUCGCUUGCAUCAGUCUAUAUCUUAUGCCGGGCAUUGAUAGAAAUAGUUAAAUCAUUCACUCCAGAAACUUUGCCGGAGGACUUGGGAGAAAACUUGGAGGAGAUUGUAUUCAAUCAGUUAAAGAAAGCAGACCCGGAAGCGAUUAGGCGAUCAAAAAACAGAACAGCAAGUAUGGACUUAUUUGCAGAAUUAAUUGGUGAACUAUCCAACGUACGCUUUGCAUCCGUCAGUGAUCGAUUUAUUGCGGAGCUCGAGAAGUACAACAGUCAAACGAUUAUGAAAGAACGGCAGACUCAUAUGGAAAUGUUGAUUCGCGGGAUGAGGUUCUUAAAGAUUAAAAUAUACCCACUAGAUGCGUUGGAAGAGACGGCAGACUUUUUGUCAAGUUGUGCAAGUUUCUUUAAAAAUGCGCAUGGCGCUAAAGUCAAGCAUAGCUAUGCAAAACUAUUCGUGCAAUUACUUUUACCGAUAGCUGGGGUAGCUGUCGCCGAAGUAAACUUCCCUGCAUGGGCAAAAGCAGUUGAUCUCGUAUACCCUAGAGCGUUGAAGAUGACGCUUAAACCCCGUCAUGUGUUGGCUGGAUAUCCCCUUGUGACUACAUUAUUAUGCGUCAGUAGAAAAGAGUUCUUUGCUGCUAAUUGGAUGGCUAAUGUUGAGAGUUGUUACCAAAAAUUCAGCAAGGUAAAACAACAAAGAUUUAAGCUACAGUGUGCAUACAAAUAGCAAUAGCUUAAUUAACAUUGAGGGUAACAAUUUAGGACAAAUAUACCCGACUAUUAGCGCUUGGAUGCGUUUCCCGCCUUGUUUGGACUUAUCUUUUCCGGUGUACUGAAAGUUC